AUAAAUGAAGUCAGUGGAUAACCGCGGCGCUGAAAGGAGAUAAGGCUGAAAGCUGUGGUAAUGCUGGGGUGAUGUGAAGGGGAGUCAUCCCUGCUUCCAGAUCGGAGGGCCUGAUGGCCGUUCACACGUGUUGCACUUCAUCUUUUUGACUAAUCGUCACUGUGGCAAGGCAGAUGUUCAAUAUCUGUAUUUUCAAAAUAAGUACGGAGGUGAUUUACAUCUGUUUGAACAGAUUGGCUUCACAUUUCUAUCAGCGCAUCGUAAUUCAAGUGCUCACGUCACAUCAUGACGUUUUAAUUUCAAGUUACUUCUGCAGAAUACCCAACCAGUGUAAUUCUUGCACUGAAAAUAUGUCUGAACGUUUGGAUGAAGCCUUCAGCAGAAAGAAUGCAGAGUUUGAUUGGUGCUGUAGGUAGCCAAAGCCAAUUAGGUCACUAUCCUAACCUCAGAGAAUGUCAGUGGCUGCUUACUGCAUAUUUUGCUGUAGACAAAUAGGAACUUCUGGUCCAGCCACCAAAAAACAGCCAUCGUGGAAUGAUAUAAGAAAAAUUGCAAAAGUAACUGGAUCACUUAUACUAGGAGGUUUUGUAUUCAUUACAUAUGAAGUUUUGUCCUUAAAGAAGUUGCUGCAAAUUGAUACUCAAGCUAUACAUCAAGAGAAGCUUAAAUCCCAUGUGUAUAUACGUACAUCUUCUCGAAAUCCAAAUGAAUAUCAAGGGAUUACAUACCAAGCCAGAAAAGAAAUCCAUAGAGCAGUAAGGAAAAUUCUCGAGACAGAAGCUAAAAUUUUCCGGAGACCUUUUAAUGAGCACUUUAGUACAUUUGAUGGAGAAGAUCAUGAAUGUGCCUUGUGGCUCCUCUUAAAAAGGACUCAGUCAGAAGACAAAGAGGUCCGACUGCAGGCUGUGCAAGAGCUGGCAAAGAACGCUCACUGGCAUGAUUAUCAGUAUGGUACUGUUGCCCAAACCUGCGAUCAAAGGACUGCUAUAGGUUUGGCUCGAUCCAAAGAUAUCGACCUUCGCUUUUUCCUGCCUCCACCAUCACUGCCAAAAAUGAAAAAUGAUUAUCUCAUAGAAGAUGAGCUUCGCUUGCUCUUAGUUUCUUUACCUCAGUCUGGCCUUGAUCCGUGUGUCCAGUACUUCACAUCUCUUGCUUUACGUGAAAGUAGUCAGACUCUUGCUGCACAGAGGGGAGGCUUAUGGUGUUUUGGGGGAAAUGGACUUCCAUACUGUGAGACUUUGGGUAAAGUUCCUUCAGAGACAGUAGAACUCUUUUGCUUGCAAGCUUUAGUGCAACAUUCUAAGGUUUCAUCUCACUGUGAUAAAAUUGAAGCUCAGGGCGGCCUUCAGCUGCUGCAGAGGAUAUACCAGCUCCGUAAGGAUUCUGCAAAAAUACAGAGAAACAUAAUCCGCAUUAUUGGAAAUAUGGCUUUGGAUGAACGUCUUCAUUCAUCCAUAGUACGUGCAGGUUGGGUUUCUGUACUUGCUGAAGUAAUGAAAUCCCCGCAUGUCAUUCAGUCUUCUCAUGCAUCCAGAGCUUUGGCUAACCUAGACAGGGACACAGUGCAAGAAAAGUAUCCAGAUGGUGUUUAUGUCUUACAUCCACAAUAUCGUAGCAGUCAGCCCAUCAGAGCAGACAUCCUUUUUGUUCAUGGUCUUCUGGGAGCAGCAUUUAAAACCUGGAGACAGCAAGACAUUGACCAACCUGUGGAUAAAAAGGCUUCAGAAGUGCAGGAGGAAUACAGCCAGUGCUGGCCAAAGACAUGGCUGGCUUCAGAUUGUCCUGCCCUUAGAAUCAUAUCUGUGGAAUAUGACACCCGUUUGAGUGACUGGAAAGCAAAAUGUCCUGUUGAGCCUCACAGGACAUCUAUUGCUUACAGGAGCAACGAGCUUCUGGAGAAGCUCAGAGCUGCUGGGAUUGGAGAGAGACCCGUGGUGUGGGUGUCACACAGCAUGGGCGGUCUUCUAGUGAAAAAGAUGCUGGUGGAUGCUUCCAAGAAUCCAGAAAUGGGUAAAAUUGUAAACAACACAAGAGGAAUCAUAUUUUAUAGUGUACCUCACCAUGGCUCCCAGCUGGCUGAAUAUUCCAUAAAUGCCAGAUAUCUUCUCUUUCCUUCUGUGGAAGUUAAAGAACUCAGCAAGGAUUCUCCUGCCCUUAAGGUGCUGAAUGAUGACUUCCUGUCUGUUGCCAAAGAUAAGAAAUUUCCAGUGCUGAGUUUUGCAGAAACCUUGCCAACGCAUAUAGGCAGCAUGUUGAAACUGCAUGUUGUACCUCUGGAGUCAGCAAAGUUAGGUAUUGGAGAACUUAUUCCAGUGGAUGUAAAUCAUCUUAAUAUUUGUAAGCCAAAGAAGAAGGAUGCUUUCCUGUACCAGCGUACACUGAAGUUCAUUCAGGAUGUUUUAGCCACUGACCUUGGGGAAUGAGGUUUCUGCCAUCCUUGUCUACUUCUAUGUAGUGUAACACAGUAAGUUCUCCUAACAGUUGUUAGAGGAUCUGCAAAACUGCAAAGAUACGAUAUAUGUCGAUAGUAUCUACUGCUAAAACAAUUUUUGGUACAUCUUGAACUUAAGAGACAUCACUAACUUACUUCUGAAAUCUCUUCAAAACAAAUACAAACUGAAACAAACUCAUACAAACUUGGCAAAAAGAAAAUGGGUGUUGGCUUAGAGUAAGCAUGGUCUGUUGGCAAACCGUGUGCAGAUUCUCCAGCGAUCUGGCUGAGAAUGGAUGAAGAUGUCCUUCUGGAGUAACUCAGAUGAUGUAUGGAGGGUGCCCAGUGCAUCUCCUUUUAGCCAAGAAAGGUUGCUCUGAAGUUAGGUGGUCUCAGUAAUGUCCAUAUGCAUCUGGGACUUUAAGUCUCAUGGUUUGCGUGAGAAACAAUUGAGAUGGUUAUUUGUUAUGUCAAAGGUGGAAAGAAGCAUGUGGUUGCCUUAAAGCUUUGGUUUACUCUCCAUGUUUAGUAUGUCAGAAGUCUCAGAAAAUUCAUGUGUGUGAAGGUAGCAUUUUAGUUAGCGGCCCAAUUAAGACAUUUUUGUAAUUUGUCUUUUUGUUUAAUAGACUUACCCAGAUUUGUUAGCAAAGACAGCAUCUGUUUUCUGUCUGAGAAAGAGAUAAAAGCUUUACUGAUUCCUGGAGGUUGUCUUGCAUAAACAGCUGUAGUUGAUUUAAUCCAUUUGUAUAAGUGAGAAGAAAAAAAAUUAGAAAAAAACCACAAAUGUUUACAUUCUUGUACAUUUCUCUUUUAAUCUUAAUGACUUUUGAGAUUACUUUCUGUAAGAUAGCAUGUAUCCAGUCAGAUUGAGGGCAGUUCUGUGCUUGGUCAUUUGGAACGGAGGCCAGGAUGUUUUUCUUUAAUGGCUCAUGGGAUGCACUGAAUAGGUGUCCCCAGCUCACAUUACUCAUUUAGAAGAUCUUCAGCUGAUUUAAGAAGGGCACUGAAAAUGCUCUCGUGGGGUAAGACAGCUGCAGACCCCAACAAGGAAGCUGAUGCUUGGAGUUUGGAGCUCAGGUUGAGGGAAAAUUUAAACAGGAAAUAAAAAUUGAGUGAUUAUAUGAUCCCAGUUGAAAGGCAGAGAGUCCCAGGGUGCUCACGUGUAUUUACUGGUGUAGAUACAGAGCAAGACAAAAGCAUUGUCUUAUUUGAACUUGUUCACGUUAAGGAUACCUUAACAGCACUGAUGAGAAAUAAUUAUUUUUAGAAAAAAAAUGGCAGCACUCAGUCACUUUCUUAAAUCCUAGGUAGUUUACAAUAUAGUAAGAGAAGCCCAGUGGAAGAGCCAUUUCUUUCCUACCUUCCUUUCACUCCCAGCUCUUUCUGAAGACAAACAGGAUAUGAUUAGGCUGUGUUCCUGUGGCUGACUGUUAAGUAAGGCCUGAUGACAUGCAGAGGAUGUCUCUUAGCAUCACUUGCAUGAUAAGGAUCUAAUCUUACCAGCCUUAGAAUAAUGGCUCUAAAAGCUACCAGAGAGAUGUGGUGCAGUCCUUUAUGGGCUUGGUGCAGGUGUCAGAGGCCACUGCUGUCCUGCCGGGUUCUGAGGCAGCUGUUUUUAUUACAGAGCUCUCUGGCCCAGGAGAACACAAUGGCUACAAACACAUUUUUUGGAAGUUGAUUCUUGCUGAAGUUGCAUGGUAACAUUCACAACCCACAACAGUACAGAGAAUGUGCAGCACUACACUCACAGAAGAGCAUUUUUUCCCCAUAAUCAAGAUACUGGAAAGAACACUGGAUGGCAGUAUUUCAGGUAGAAAAUGUAACAGAAUUGUCAUAACUUCUGAAGAGGUUUACCCCGUUUAAACUCUGGUUUAAACUUUAAAGUGUAAAUAUUAGAACACUUUGUACUCACGAAGUUGAGAGUAUGUCAAUCCCAUUGCCAGUAGAUGAUUUCUAAUAACUGACUCUGCUUGGUGUGACAAACCUUGUAGUAAUCUUAAUGGACUUCUUUGGCUUAAAGGGAUUCAGAUCACUGAUGUUACACAUUAAUUUUGUUCAGUAAUGCAUCUGUGCUUUGGUACUGUAACUGGAACUGUCAAGACAACUUUCUCUUUUUUGUUAUUACAUAUAUAUAUGUGAAACUUCUAAAACUAAUACUUUCAGUUGUGCUUUUUUGGGAAUAGUUACAAAAUGUGUUUUUAAAAAUGCACUAAAUACACCACAAUAUAUAUUAAAGCUGAUUGAUUGUAAAAAGAAUGCCCUGGUUCAUGCUCGUAUUUAUUGAAGACCUGUUCCUUAGAGACGGUCUCAUGCUGGAAGAAAGUAACGUUUAUCCUUCAUCUAAGGUAGAAGGCAUAGAAGUGGGGUCACAGCUGGUCAUUGUGGUUUUGCCAGACUGGGGAAUUUUUUCGGUUGUGCUUCUAGGUUUUGCAAAAGGGCUGCUUGAGCCAUAUAGACAUUGGUUCUAGACCCAGAGGGCAAAUGGGGUGGCAUUUGGCAUUCUUGUCUGCUUCCCAUUAGAAACUUAAGUUCUUAUGCUUCCCUAGCGUCACAUUAAUUCCAAAGAGUGUUUUUGUAUAAAUUCAUAGGAUUCAAACUGUGCCCUUAAUCCCAUCCCAGCUGGAAACCCAGCAGCAGAUGUGGCCAGGGCUGUGAAUGCUGGUGGUUCGUCUGCAUGGUGGGAUGCAAGCGGUAAGAUGGGAAGGCAGUGUUCAUAAGGAGUGGGUCAGUCUUUGCUCUUGGGGCUGUGCAGCACUCUAGUAGUGAUGUUUAUCUAGUAGUAAUUUUUCUGGUAGUAAUCAAGUUCUGAUUGCUAUUUUCACACUUGUGCAAGGAGGGUUUCUUUUCUCUGUGGUUUGUGUUCUGUGGUGCUGGGCAAUAUAGCUGGCCAGGAAAGAAGAAGUUUUCACUCCAGUUAAACUAUCAGUUUUAGACAAUUUUAUGAGUGAAAAUUCCAGUAAAUAUUUUAGGUUUUUUGGUUCUCUUUAUCUUUCAGUUAUGUUCUGCCUAAAAAGCUCAUGAGGCUAAAAGGAGAAAUCAAACAGCCUUCCAGACAGGCUGCUGGUUAAAUACAUUGGUUUUUUUCUGUUUUUCCUGAAGGAAGGUUGUGAAAUACAUGCCAUUGCUACCCCGGUGGAAAUAGCACUGGUGUAGUGUGGUGUGAGCAGGAGGCUGAAGAAAACAUCUCUCAAUAGCAAAAAAGAAAAGAUAGCAGUUGCAACAUUGGGUUCCUCUGCUCACCUUGUUGGGAGGGCAGGCUUAGGCGAGGUUUAGAGGGAAGAAUCCUCACCUCCUGCAGUGUUCUGUGAUGGUUUCACAAAUGCAGAGCGAGUCUGGCCCUGCUUAGCUUGUCCUGACCAUUAAAACUAGAAUGCAGGUCAUGAACACCUGCCUCUGAAAAGCACUUGGCACUGGGCACAGGCAGGAAGGAUAACAUCUCAAGGCAGCACGUUGCUCCCUCUGUGCUGCUGCUGUUUCAGCUGGGAUGUUUCCUUCUUUCUGCUGAGGUGCUGUGACUGACAGGGAUGUGCUGUUGCUGACAGCACCAACCAGUUAGCUACAGGGACUCUUUUAAUGGGCAGCUUGCCACAGAUGCAGCCAUCACUUAGAAUGCUAGAGGCCACAUACUUGUGUUCAGCGAGAGUAAUAAAGUAGGUUUUAUUUGACUUGUAUAAAUCUACUUUAAUGGGCGUUCUUGCUACCACUUACUUUCAUUACCAUUUAAAUUAGCUGUCCUAGAGCUGUUAAUUAUCUUUGCAGGUGGAUAUGGCCAUAUAACAUACUUUCUUUUUUACUGCUCUUGAUGUUUUGUACUGAUACGUGUCCAUAAAUAAUCGCUGCAUUUUUGAGGAGUCCGAGACUCUGUGUGAGGAACGGACCAGCUGCUUCUUCCUGCUUCACCAACCUGCUCCCAAGGUAAACCGACACUUCUACAAGAAGCUCAACUCAAGGUUUCACGCAUUUGUCUUUCAAGUUUUUGGGGAUUUUUUUGGUUUGAAGUGUCUGGCAAAUGAGGGAGCAGAGGAGGAGGGUGCACAGAGAAAGGCAGGAGCCUCUUACCGGGUGCCUUGUGAGCACUCUUGUGCUCGUGGCAGCGAGGCACGGAACACAUGGCAGUGAAGUCGGAAGGCUGCUGAAUUGCGGUUUCCAAGCAGCUGAGAACAAGUCAGUCAGAAAAUCUUCCUGUAGGAAGAAGGAAAAAUAAAUAGUCAAGAUCUUUUGUUAUUAAAUCAACAAGUUACUAUGACAAGAUGGCAAACAAAUGGCAUCUGUGCUGCACAGCGGUACUACGCGGGCCAGGUGAGAUCCUGUACAGUUGCAGCCGAGCACCAUGGAUAUCCUACUGAAAUCAUGGCCUUCUGAGAAGCGUGACUGCUGGCUUGCUGAUAAACGGGUAAUGGCUCCAUGAAGAAGAUCAUGCCUGCUCUGAGCUGAGCAGCACCUCUGCAUGAGCUCACCAGAGUAAGUGACAGAUAAACUCACCUGAAACAUGGGCCCAGCAGACUGACGGAAAAUGCCAGGGAGGAGCAGAGCAGGCACACAGGAAUGCUUGCUUGGAAUUUCUGAAGUUGUGACUGGGGUGAUGCUUCCCCUGCUAGAUUAUCAUGUUCUGAACCACAAAACAUGAUCUUCUUCUCUUUUAAACCUUUUGCUUGCAAGAACCUACACUGAACAGAUUAUUGUGUACAGCCUCACAGUGUGUGCUGAGACUGCCUCCUAGGGACACUCCCUGUAUAGAUGCAUGGUGCACCUAAACAGCAGGCUUAUGCAUGCUUCUUAGAAUUCUCUAGUCUUUGAUGCAGCUGCCUGCAUCCUAUCCCUAGAAGCACACCAGGUAGCUCCAAGCUGAGCUCCCUAUUGGGCUGCGUGAGAGCCUUAAUCUCUAGAGGAUGAUUCUGCUAUCCCCAGUUGUGUAUCUUGUGGCUUAGCUUCAGGGUCUGACAGCCUGAGUUGCACUGGAAUAAAGUUGUUAGGCUCCAAGAGCAGCAUGUUCCAAAAGAACUGUCCUUGUCCAUAUGCUAUUUUAGUGCAAAGUACGUGUGUUGUUUAGGGUAGGCUUGCUGAGAACAAAGAACAGGAUGGUGUUUUGGAAAAGUGGAAGAAAACUACAAAAGGUGCCAUUAGUCUCCCUACAGGCAGAGCAAUAUUUUGAGAGGCUACCAGAUAUUUUCAGAAUAGCUGAGGCAUGUUCUUAAGCCAUUAAAAGAACUGCACUCAGAAGAGACCUGUUCUGAUAUGGCGGGAGGGGAGCAGUCAUUGUCCUGAGCUGGAGCAAAACCAGGUCCUUCUUGCUGCUGUUCAGGCAACACUGCUCAUGCUUCUGCUUCCCAGCCUCAGAAACCACACCUUGUAUUUUACUUUCUAUGCAGAAAUGAGUUUAACAAGGAAAGCACUGUGGUCUGCCAGGACUGCAGCUAUCUCUAUGCAGAUAAUGCCUAAGCCUUGUUUCCACGGUGGAAACUUACUGGCAGAAUAAUACCAGCAUUACUGCUGUAGUUACACUGAUAUGUGUUCCUCCUGGGGAUAUCUGUUCCAGAAUAACUAUAGCAGUCUAUUCAAGGUAAGGCUUCUUUAUUUUAGGUGACAGAAAUAGGUUAAUAUAUACAUGUCAAAUGAAAAUGUUUUUAUUAGCUUUUUUUUUCCCAUACAUGUUCUUGCAUAUGAUUUCUAACUGAAAUAAAAUAUCUUCGGGUGGAUUAAUAAAAAGAAAUAACUUAGAAUAAAGAACUUCUCAAACAAACUGGAUAACAUUAGAUUGCAUAUACUCUGUACACCUCCCUCCAGGGGCAGUUUCUUUGUCUUUAAACAAAAUGAAAAUGAAAUGUAGCAUGGACAGAUGAUGUAUCUCCUUAAAUAAAAACUUUUAUGCAAA